UUCAGAAUUCUUCCGGACAAAAAAUUUCCCCGUGCACUAGACUGGACUUUUCUCCUCGUCACCGGCGGCCACCAUGUCGAUCCCCGGCAACGGCCACCUCCCAGCCUCCGCCUCCCUUCCCGACCACUCCUCCGCCUCGGACUCCGAUGCGGAACCGGAAGCUAACUACAGCCCCAUCGCCGGCGCCGCCUCCGACUCCGAAUCGGACACCGACGCGGAGGCCGCCAUGCCUCACCACCGCCUCGACGAGGCCGGCAACGGCAUCUCCGCCCUGGAUCUCGCCUCCGACGACGACGAGGAGGCGGACGGAGAGGAAGAAGAGCGGGAGGAGGGGGACUUGACGGCGGGGGAGGCGGCGGCGCGGGCGUUCUCGGAGGACGAGCGCCGUCGCCGCGCACCGCUGCCCGAGGGCGCCGCGGCGCGGAUUGUGGACGCGAUGCGCGGCGUGGAGUUCCCCGGCCCGCCGCCGGCGUGGGCGGGCAGCGUCCCCGAGGACCAGUGGGUCGACCGCCUCCGCUCCCUUCGCGCCGGCCGCCCCAACUGAUCUGAGCAGAAGAGAAGGGGGCUUAAUUGGCUUCUGAGUUGAUUCAGCACCGUACAAAAUUUUUGCGAACUUUCAAUCUGGUUUGCGUUUGGCGGACCAUUCAUCUCUUACUUGCUUCUAGCUAAAUUACUUUUGUAUCGUAACCGUGACUGGAGUGCAAAUCAUUCGCGGUAAGAUUUGUGGGUAGUUGGAGCUGCGAUCUUGGUGAGGCCUUCUAGCAGCCUGUGCCUUGAAAGUUGAGAGUUCAGACCAUUUGUAUGCGAGUUCAGACUAGUCUCUUUUUUACUGCUGAUUAGACAUCGAGUGCAAAUCA